UCUGUUAGUCGGUACAGAUUGCUGAAGUGCAAAAUCAGAAUGAGAAUCACUACCCUGUUCUUGGACGUAAAAAGCCCUAGUUUCCGCCAUUUCGAAGGGGUUUUCGCGCCCGCGCAAAAUUGGAACGCUUUCCAGGAGAAAGCCAAUGUGUAGAAGCGUAGCCAAUUGACGUAGCUUUGAUUUUUUUGUGAGCAUGGUUGAGUUGGGUAGCGACGCGGGAACGUCGGGGUUGGAAGGGUGUGAUCACGUGCCGCUGAAGCAGCGUCUCAAGCUGCUAUUGGCGAGUCGAAGUGACGAGAAUUUGGAUGGUGAAUGCCCUAGUUUGCUAAAAAAUGAGGGCGCCUCAGUGGCUGGGGAGUGGGAGGAUGAACACUCUGAUUCACAGGUGUCGGGACAAAGGAGUGGGUUGUUAGUAGUUUCGGAGGAAGAAGAAAGUGGAGAUGAGCUUGAAGAAUGCGAAGAAAGUGUAAAAAAGAGCAGUACCAGUUUAAGUGAUACUACAGCUGAUCCACACCAUGGAGCUAAGUUUCCUAUCAUGGAGAAUGUUGAGUGUGCUGAAAAUGUUGCGGAGAGUACUUCUAUGAGCUAUCUACAUGAUUCGUCCCUUGCCAGAAUCCAGCCACUUACUUUUGAACCUGAGAUGAGCGAGGAGUAUCUUGAGGAGCUCGAAAAUGUAUCACUGAAAGAUCGGUUGGGGAUGCUCUUAUCUAGUAAAUGCAGGGAGUUGACACCGUCUAUUCUGCAGGAGGAUACCACUGCAUCCGUAAAAGGAGACUUAAAAUUGGAUGAUCAGUGCCGAGCUGAGAAUCAAAUGUGUGAAAUUGACAAGAUUUUGAAAUUGGACGUAUCAAGGUGUUCUGAAGUUUCAUCGUAUAAACCUCAUCAAGAAUUGGGUUGUUCUCAAGGGAACGUGCCAACUUGUGUUGAUGAUAAGGCGCAUUCAUCUGAAAAACAACAUUCAAGAUACGAACCAGAUAGUAUAAAUACUCUUCCCUGCAGCGAUAGUAAAAUAGGCCAAGGUUCGGCAUCGCAGACAUUUGCAAAGGUAAAGAUUGAACUUCCAACUUACGAUGAACCCCAAACAUCCUAUGCACAAAUGGAUCAUGAAAUACCCUUUGGAACCUUGAUCCCCAAAACUGAUGUUCAAAAUGCUGAGGCUGAAUAUGAAGAUGAGUUGGAUCAUAUGGUGCUUCGAGAGCGGAUGAAGUUGCCACUGGGAGAUGGUCCUAGUUUGAAUAUAAAUGAAAUUUCCAAAUAUGAAAGCAGUGGGUGUUCUCCUGCCUUGGGUUAUGAAUCGGUUGCCUCAGAAACUGCUAGGACAUUAAAAAUCAACCGGUCCAGAACACGACGAAAAACUGUGACGGACUCUGUGGAAACUGCAAUGGAGGAAGAUGCUCCGGGACUCUUAAAGAUUUUGAUAGAGGAAGGUGUUUCAGUUAAUGACAUCAAGCUUUAUAGUGUGCCCGAGAGCAACGACACAUUGGAUGAUUCGUCAACCAACGAUAACGUUGAGGAGCUUGAAGAAAUUAAAUCAAAGCGAGAAUCAAUAGUAAAACUCGGUUUAGGGCGAUCCAAUAAAGGAGAGAGAGCGGCUUACUGUUUGGAGUGUCUACUUUCGCUUGUGGAGCAGGCACAAUUUUUUCAGUCUCACAAAUGUCCCGCUGAAUGGGGAUGGUGUCGGGACCUCCAGUCUUUCAUAUUUGUCUUCGAAAAACAUAACCGGAUUGUGCUUGAACGCCCCGAAUAUGGCUUUGCAAUGUACUUUUUUGAAAUGGUGGAUUCCUUGUCGAGUAGCUGGCAGAUCCAACGGCUAGUUACGACCAUGAAGCUCACCAGCUUGGGGCGGGCCUCCUUGAUCGAGAACAAACCAUUGAUGGUGGGCAAAGAUCUGACGGAAGGUGAGGCUCGAGUGCUGACGGGAUUUGGAUGGGUACCCAACACCGGCCUUGGGACUAUGCUCCAUUACUACGACAGAGUCAUUCACGACAAAAAGAAACACAGCAGAUCCGAGUGGAAAUCGAAAAUUGUGAAGUUUCUUAUGGAUGGGUAUCAUGGCGGCAGAAUAGUAUACACUGGUAGUGUUCCUCCAAAGGUUGAGGACAGCGACAGCGACGCAAACCCGGGCAGAUCAAAGUAGAACCUGGUUGAGGUGACACUUGGCCUCGCGGGAUUUUGUUCGUACUAACCAUCAAAGCAUCAUUUGUACAGCUUCGCUCGAACAGGUUCGAACCAGAUUUUAUUCCGCAUUCUCGGAGCUUUAUAUCAUACAAACUACGUAAUUGAUGCGAGAUCGAAUUCGACUCUAGCUGAAUAUACAUAGUCGUUGAUCCGCCCCUACUUUUCGAGUACGUUCUUGAUUGAUUGAUGAUAAUAAGAAAAAUGGAUAUAUCCCUACUAAUUUUCUUUUGUUCUAAUCAGCGAAUUGAAAUUGAAAAGAUGAAC